ACGCACACACACACACACACACACACACACUCACUCACUCACACACACACACCGUCAGUCCCCUUCACCACUUUCCUAUUAUAGACCACCACCAAACAGAUUUAAGCGCUAGCGGGGACGCGCAUGCGCAAAGCGGACACCCGCACACAGGCUCGCGCGCGGUUCCACACGAUGGAGUCUGUAACGCAGGAGGUUUGCCCCGACCCUCAUGACAUUAAUAAUUCAGCAACCGACCCAGGAGCUGAGGUCUACCUAGACUUUAUGAAGAAGCACUGCUGUUAUGACGCCAUUCCCACCAGCUGUAAGCUCAUUAUUUUCGACACAGCUCUGCAGGUAAAGAAAGCCUUCUUUGCGUUAGUGGCAAACAGUUUACGAGCAGCGCCGCUAUGGGACAGCAAACUGCAGAGAUUUGUGGGUAUGCUGACCAUCACAGACUUCAUCAACAUUCUCCAUCGCUACUAUAAAUCCCCAUUGGUUCAAAUUUAUGAGCUGGAGGAUCACAAGAUUCAGACAUGGAGAGGUGAUUCAUUUCAAAACGUUUACCUGCAGUUCUAUAAUCAGAGCCUCAUCAGCAUCACACCUGAAGCCAGCCUUUUCGAUGCUGUUUAUUCCUUACUGAAGCACAAAAUCCACCGUCUGCCCGUCAUCGACCCCGAAUCCGGGAACGUCCUGCACAUUUUAACUCACAAGCGAAUUCUCAAGUUCCUGUAUAUAUUUAGAGCCACGAUCCCAACGCCACGGUUUCUGCAGAGGAAAAUUGAAGAAGCUGGAGUCGGGACAUUCAGAGACAUCGCCACCAUACAGCAGACGGCCACCGUGUACGACGCGUUGUCCAUUUUCGCCGAGAGAAGAGUAUCUGCUCUGCCUGUGGUGGAUGAAAAUGGUAAGGUAGUGGCUCUUUACUCAAGAUUUGACGUGAUAAAUCUGGCAGCGCAGAAAACCUACAACAACCUGAGCAUGAGCAUGAAGGAGGCGCUGAGGAGACGCCGCUGUUUCGUCGAGGAAGUCAUCAAGUGUUAUCCCGACGAAACUUUGGAGGACGCUGUUGACCGAAUCGCUGAUGCAGAGGUUCACAGGCUGGUUCUGGUGGACCGAGAAGACCACACGGUUCGAGGCAUCAUCUCCCUCUCAGAUCUCCUCCAGGCCAUGAUCUUAUCUCCAGCGGGAAUCAACGCUCUGCUCGCUUAGCCGUAAUGUGACGGGUCCAAUCUUCAACAGCUGCUAAACUAAAAAUUGUGUCUUUUUUAUUUGUAUUUUUUGCUGUAAAUAGGUUUUUGUACGAUUUGUGUCCACACAGCGGAAAUUAAACACGGCUUUGCUGAAAUCUAAAAUGGACAUGCUA